AUGGUGCAAGCCGACCAUGAUGACUACACUAUUGAGGGUCAAAACUUUGGGAUUCGUUCCAACGCCGAGUUUAAUGAAUCUGUUGACAAGAACGAGGACCUUUAUGGUAAUAACUCUUUCAUUAUGAGUAGAGUUCAAUCAAAGGAAGACAUUGAGAAAAUAUCCUAUGAUAGAGGUCUCCUAGAUUCAGACUCCGAGUGGCAUGACGUGAUGGACGAAGCAACUCAAUGGUCUACACCUUAUCAACUACGAAGACUAUUUGUUUGCUUGCUGAUAUUUUGUCAAGUUGGGAGUCCUCUAAAUUUGUGGAAUCGCUAUUGGAAAUCACUAGGUGAAGACAUGCUUCACAGAAAACGCAAGACUUUCAACUUUCCCAAGCCUACGUUAAAUGAAAAUCAGCUAAAGCAAUACACUUUGAUGGAGAUAGAGAAACUUAUGAACCAAGGACGAUCAGUAGCUGAGUUCAAAGACAUGCCGUGCUAUAAUAGAUAG